GGAACGAGCAGGGGCCUCAGGUCUCUGAGAAAAUGCGGGGUCCUCCUGCGCUGGGCACCGUCCCGGGGCAGAGGACCCAUGGCCACGCGCGGGGCCCCGAGACCCUUCCCCGGCCCGGGCCGCGCUGCCGCCUUGUCACCGCCGCGGAUAGCAGUCGAAACCCGGACACUUGGCCAACCACCCGCUGCCACCAUGGGCGAGCUCUUCCGGAGUGAGGAGAUGACGCUGGCCCAGCUGUUUCUGCAGUCAGAAGCUGCUUACUGUUGCGUCAGUGAGCUGGGAGAACUUGGGAAGGUUCAGUUUCGAGAUCUAAAUCCAGAUGUGAAUGUUUUCCAGCGAAAGUUUGUAAAUGAAGUCCGAAGAUGCGAAGAAAUGGACCGGAAGCUCCGGUUCGUUGAGAAGGAGAUAAGGAAGGCUAACAUCCCGAUCGUUGACACCGGUGAGAACCCAGAGGUGCCUUUCCCCCGGGACAUGAUCGAUCUGGAAGCCAAUUUUGAGAAGAUUGAAAACGAGCUGAAGGAAAUCAACACAAAUCAAGAAGCCCUGAAGAGAAACUUCCUGGAGCUGACUGAGCUCAAAUUCAUUCUCCGAAAAACUCAGCAGUUUUUCGAUGAGGCUGAAUUGCAUCAUCAGCAGAUGGCGGAUCCAGACCUGUUGGAAGAGUCCUCAUCGCUCCUGGAGCCCAGCGAGAUGGGGAGAGGUGCUCCGUUGCGGCUGGGCUUUGUGGCUGGCGUGAUCAACCGAGAACGCAUCCCCACUUUCGAACGCAUGCUGUGGCGUGUGUGCCGAGGGAACGUGUUCCUGCGACAGGCGGAGAUUGAGAACCCCCUGGAGGACCCUGUGACUGGCGACUACGUGCACAAGUCCGUGUUCAUCAUCUUCUUCCAGGGUGACCAGCUGAAGAACAGAGUGAAGAAGAUCUGUGAGGGGUUCCGGGCUUCACUCUAUCCCUGUCCUGAGACACCACAGGAGAGGAAAGAAAUGGCUUCCGGAGUCAAUACCAGGAUUGAUGACCUCCAGAUGGUUCUGAACCAAACCGAGGACCACCGGCAGCGGGUGCUGCAGGCCGCUGCCAAGAACAUCCGGGUCUGGUUCAUCAAAGUGCGCAAAAUGAAGGCCAUCUACCACACGCUGAACCUUUGCAACAUAGACGUCACCCAGAAGUGCCUGAUCGCCGAGGUCUGGUGCCCCGUCACUGACCUGGACUCCAUCCAGUUUGCGCUCAGGCGGGGCACGGAGCACAGUGGCUCCACGGUGCCCUCCAUCCUGAAUCGGAUGCAGACGAGCCAGACACCCCCCACCUAUAACAAGACCAACAAGUUCACGUCCGGCUUCCAGAACAUCGUGGACGCCUAUGGGAUCGGGACUUACCGAGAGAUUAACCCAGCCCCGUACACCAUCAUCACAUUCCCCUUCCUGUUCGCUGUGAUGUUUGGGGACUUUGGCCACGGCACCCUGAUGACCCUCUUCGCGUCGUGGAUGGUGAUCCGGGAAAGCCGCAUCCUCUCGCAGAAGAAUGAAAAUGAGAUGUUCAGCACCGUGUUCAGUGGCCGCUACAUCAUCCUGCUCAUGGGCAUCUUCUCCAUCUACACCGGUCUCAUCUACAAUGACUGCUUCUCCAAGUCCCUCAACAUCUUCGGCUCGUCCUGGAGCGUGCGGCCCAUGUUCACGCUCUCUAACUGGACGGAGGACACACUCCGGGGGAAUCCUGUACUGCAGCUGAACCCAGCCGUGCCUGGUGUCUUCGGUGGCCCAUACCCUUUUGGCAUCGACCCGAUCUGGAACAUUGCCACCAACAAGCUGAGCUUCCUCAACUCCUUCAAGAUGAAGAUGUCGGUGAUCCUGGGGAUCGUCCACAUGCUCUUUGGGGUUGGCCUGAGCCUGUUCAACCACAUCUACUUCAAGAAGCCCCUCAACAUCUACUUCGGGUUCCUGCCUGAGGUCAUCUUCAUGUCCUCGCUGUUCGGCUACCUGGUCAUCCUCAUCUUCUACAAGUGGACGGCCUACAGUGCGCACACUUCGGAGCGCGCACCCAGCCUGCUCAUCCACUUCAUCAACAUGUUCCUCUUCUCCUACCCCGAGGCCAGCGGGGCCAUGCUCUACUCCGGCCAGAAGGGAAUCCAGUGCUUCCUCGUGGUCGUGGCGCUGCUCUGUGUGCCCUGGAUGCUGCUGGUGAAGCCGCUGGUCCUGCGCCGCCAGUAUCUGCGGAGGAAGCACCUGGGAACUCUCAGCUUUGGUGGGAUCAGGGUGGGCAACGGACCGACAGAGGAGGAUGCUGAGAUUAUUCAGCAUGACCAGCUCUCCACCCACUCGGAGGACGCGGAUGAGCCUGCCGAGGACGAAGCGUUCGACUUUGGGGACACCAUGGUCCACCAGGCCAUCCACACCAUUGAGUACUGUCUGGGCUGCAUCUCCAACACCGCCUCCUACCUGCGGCUCUGGGCGCUCAGCCUGGCCCACGCGCAGCUCUCCGAGGUGCUGUGGACCAUGGUCAUCCACGUGGGCCUGAGCGUGAAGAGCCUGGCAGGGGGCCUGGCGCUCUUCUUCAUCUUCGCCACCUUCGCCACGCUGACCGUGGCCAUCCUGCUCAUCAUGGAGGGGCUGUCCGCCUUCCUGCACGCCCUGCGUCUGCAUUGGGUCGAGUUCCAGAAUAAAUUCUACAGCGGGACCGGCUUCAAGUUCCUGCCCUUCUCUUUCGAGCACAUUCGGGAAGGGCAGCUGGAUGAGUGAGCCAGAGGCCGUGGACCCCACCCCCCGCCCCGUCCCGUCCCGUCCCUUCCCUUCCCUUCCCGUCCCACCCCGUCCCACCCCGCCCCCGUGAUGAAUUGUGCGUGUUCAACCCACGUGAAGGCGCAGCCCUGCCUUGGCCAGGCCUGCCCCCCUCCUGCUGCCUCCCGCUGCUGCCGGGGUUGGAGGGUGCAGACAGGCUCUACCCAGAAGGGGGCGCUGCUUAUUUAUCACACCCCAAGAGCCCCCAGACCCAGCGCCCCCGCGAAACCCAGCCGAUGCCACCCUCGAGUCCCCGGCUGCCCCUUGGUGGUUUCCUCUGCGGGCUGCGCUGGUGGCCCGCAGCUCUGCCGUCUUGUCCUGUCUUGUCCUAGCCCCACGCAGCGCCCCGGGGCCCCCUCCCCCACUUCCAAGGGCAGGCAGCAGGGCUUAGGCCUGGUGACCUGGGCGGAACGACCAUCACCGAGGGUCUGUGGACGGCAGGGCUGAGAGUGCGGGCUGCGGGCCCGAGCUCUGGCUCUUGUGCCGGCACAGCAGCCGGGCUGGCCUGACCCGUCCUCCUGCCCAGCUCGCGGGGCACCCGGUUCCCGCGGGCCGGUGCUGUGUUUGCCCGCCUUCCUUCAUACCCGUGCUCAAUAAAGUGUGUCAGACUCCCA